CGUCACGGGCCGAGGACACUGGCUGUUUCUAUUGGUUUAGAAGAGAACCGCAGCAGCGCCAGGAACUGGAGAGCCCGAGCAACAAGAACAGAUAGAAGCCAGCAGGAAAAGAAAGAGCAAAGGGGGUUAGACCGAGGGAACAUUUACCAAUUACGGGGAGGUUAGGAAAAUCAAGAAAAAUAGCGAGGAUGUUGGUCCCCGCGGGAAGAUAAUGAAGAGGCUGCGUGUUGUGUUGGUGUGCCUAAUUGUAGCUCUCCUGUGCUGGUACCCCAGUCGUCAUGUUGAUUGUUCGGAACAGAGCGCCGCUGGCCCAGUACAGUCUGCACAGGAUAGCAGCCCUCAGGCGAAGCCGGAGGAGGGGGCUCACGAGAAGGUCGAAGAGGAUUGGGCGGUGUACAUCCAGUCGUACGACGUGGGACUGGAGUCGGAGAGGGUUUCAUUAGAGGCGCCAGCGCCGAAUGAAAUGCAAGAUGAGGAAGACGAUGAGACUGUGAAAAAGGAGGAGCCUGUUGUGGAGGCGAGGACAGAACCGGCGACGGACCCCGCACCGGAUCCGGAGUCCGAUCCUCCCGCCUCUCAAGACCAGCAGGCCCCGCCUACCGCUGCUGCUUCCUCCCCCCCCACCGAGCUCCCCGCAGCUGUGCCCGCUGAACAAGAGGAAGCCCCCGAAGACACACCUACCUCACAAGCCCCUCCCACCACACCCACCAGUGCAAUAGAGGUUGCCAGUGCCGAUACCCCUGUAGACAGCUCUAUUGAUGCUGAGCAUCAGCAGUCCGCGUCCGAGUGCGAGGCCGCAGGGCCCCCCGUGGCGCCCCCGCCCUUUCGCAGCCCGCUCGCCAGCUUGACCGUGGAUCACGUAGAGAAUUCCUCCAGCACCCAUGGGAGCCGGACGGGGACCAAAACUGAGCUGGACUCCUCGCUCCCCCAUGUGGAGCAGGAUGUGCCCGAGCUGGACCAGGGCACCAACGCCUCCCACAUGCCCGAGGAGGAGGCGGAGGCCGACGAAGCCCCCGUCGCCAAGGAGACGGACCCCUCGGUGCCCGGCAAGGAAGACAUCCCCACCUUUGACGAGUGGAAGAAGAAGGUGAUGGAGGUGGAGAAGGAGAAGAGCCAGUCCAUGCACUCCUCCUCCAAUGGAAGCCCCCAUGUGGUGAAGAAGGUACAGAAGAAUUUUAAGAAUAACUACGCCUCUGUGGAGUGUGGGGCCAAAAUCCUGUCGGCAAACACGGAGGCUAAGAGUACCUCUGCCAUUCUGAUGGAGAACAUGGACCUCUACAUGCUGAAUCCCUGCAGCAACAAGAUCUGGUUCGUCAUUGAGCUGUGCGAGCCCAUUCAAGUCAAGCAGCUGGACAUUGCCAACUUUGAGCUCUUCUCCUCCACUCCCAAGGACUUCCUGGUUUCCAUCAGCGACAGGUACCCGACGAACAAGUGGAUCAAGCUGGGCACCUUCCACGCCCGGGACGAGCGCACGGUGCAGAGCUUCCCGCUGGACGAGCAGCUGUACGCCAAAUACGUCAAGAUGUUCAUCAAGUACAUAAAGGUUGAACUCCUAUCCCACUUUGGAUCCGAGCACUUCUGUCCCCUCAGUCUCAUAAGGGUGUUUGGAACCAGUAUGGUGGAAGAGUAUGAGGAAAUAGCGGAGUCCCAGUAUCCCUCCGAGAGACUGGAGUACCUGGACGAGGAUUAUGAUUACCCUCCUGGCUACGUGCCGGCGGAAGACAAGGCUGCAAAGAACCUGUUGGGAUCGGCCACGAACGCCAUCCUCACCAUGGUCAACAACAUCGCCGCCAACGUGCUGGGGGCCAAGCCGGAACUCGAAGAAGGAGCCAACGUUGAAGCAAACUUUUCAACGGACGGCGAGAACGUUACAGAGCCCUCCCCCGAAGAGCCGGCCAGCUCCACCCCCAGCCCCAGCCCCAGCAGCCCCUCCCCCUCUCCAGAGGAGGAGUCCCCGGAGCUGGAGGUGCCUGUCGCUACGGAGGAGCCUGAGGCCCCUCCCCCCGAAGCCCCGACUCCGGCCCCGCCCGAGGAGACCCUGAUCGUCACGCUGGUGGAGGAGGACGAGGAGGAGCCCCGCCAGUCCACCGUCACCCUUCUGGAGGGGGAGGAGGAGGAGGAGGAGGCGGAAGCGGAGGAGCGGCGGAGGACCGAGGAGCGGCAGCGGGAGAGCCGGGCGUACUCCGGGGAGCUGUCCUCGCUGUCGUGCGCCGCCUCCCUGCGGGAGUACCUCCUCCGCUGGUGCUCCGCCUCGCUGGCCCUGCAGCGUCAGCGCAGCGAGCGGCAGAGGCAGCGGGAGGCGCGGGCCGACGCCCGCUCGCCCCCGCAGCCCCUGCCCCUGGCCCCCACGCCCACGCUGGAGCCGCCCCUGGACACGGAGCCCCCGCCCGAGGCCGAGAGGCCCACGGCGCUGGGGGAGGGGGCGGGGGCGGGGCCGGGGCCGGGCCCCACGGACGCGGUCCUGGAGCCCGCGCGGCACGCCGACGCCGCCGCCGAGCGCACGGCCGAGCCCCCGCAGCUGGAGCCCAGCCAGACGGCCGCCCUGCCCCCCCACAGCUUCCCCGUGGUCACCCCCACCGAGGAGAUCCCCCGGCUCUCCGCCCUGGAGCUGCCGGAGCUGGAGCUCCCGCUGUCGGACGGGGUCCCCGAAACGCAGGCCGAGGCCCGGAGGAGGCUCCCCUCCAGCAGCGACGCCGGCCCCAGCAGCAGCGGCGGCGGCAGCCCCGGUCUCGCCGCCACCAGCGUCAGCUCCGCGGCAGAGCCGGCCACCCCCGAGACCGACGCCCCCAGACAGGACCUGCCCGCCCCCGCCUCCAAGGAGCCGCCCGUCCAGCCCCUCCCCACCGCCACCCGGCCCGCCGAAAUCCCCCCGCCCACCGAGCUGCCGGCCCCGGCCGAGCCCGAGGGGGGCCGGGCGGCCCCGGAGGAGCCCAGCAGGGCCGCCCCCCCGCCGGAGCACCCCGAGGCGGCCGCCCCGCCCGCCGAGCCCAGGGCGGAGGAGUCGGUGGAGGACGUGCUCCUCUCCGUCGCCUCGGGCGGGGCGCAGCUGCACCGCACCGCCACCGACUUCUACGCCGAGCUGCAGAACUCCACCGAGCUCGGCUACGGCAACGGCAACGGCAACCAGGUGCACGGCUCCAACCAGAAGGAGUCGGUCUUCAUGAGGCUCAACAACCGCAUCAAGGCCCUGGAGAUGAACAUGUCCCUGAGCAGCCGCUACCUGGAGGAGCUCAGCCAGAGGUACCGGAAGCAGAUGGAGGAGAUGCAGCGGGCCUUCAACAAGACCAUCAUAAAGCUGCAGAACACGUCCCGGAUCGCCGAGGAGCAGGAUCAAAAGCAGACGGAGUCCAUCCAGGUCCUGCAGAGCCAGCUGGAGAACCUCACCCAGCUGGUGUUCAACCUGUCCACCACCGUCAGCCAGCUGCAGAGAGAGGUGUCGGACAGGCAGAGCUUCCUGGUGGUGUCCCUGCUGCUGUGCCUGUGCCUGGGCCUGCUGCUGUGCAUCCAGUGCUGCCGCAGCUCGACUCCGCCCCCGCCCGACUCCACCGCCUCCAUCCCCAAGAGCAACCACUACCCCAGCCCCAAGAGGUGUUUCUCCUCAUACGACGACAUGAGCCUGAAGCGGAGAGUGUCGUGUCCCCUCGUGCGCUCAAAGUCCUUCCAGCUACCUACCACGGAAGUAGGUCCAGAUGACUUGUACAUUGUAGAACCUCUAAGGUUUUCUCCAGAAAAAAAGAAGAAGCGCUGCAAGAUGAAGGUCGAGCGGGUGGAGACGCUGAAGCCGUCCGCCCCCGCGCCGGCAGUAGCUAACGGGGGCCCCAAGUGCAACGGCGUCCCGCCCCCCCACGCCGCCUUCCUGUCCUCGGGGGAGGCGGGCGCGUCCUCGUCCAAGGACCCCACGUCCGAGGGCAGCUCGGAGGGGUCGUCCCACUCGGACGAGUCCUACUUCUGCGGCAUCUCCACCUGCUCGCGGCUCUGCAACGGGCACCCCCCGCCCAGGACCCGCACGGAGAAGAGGGCCAUCAAGCGCCGGCGCUCCAAAAUGCUGGAGCAGGGCCGGUACGGGGGGGAGGCGCUGCCGGGGCGGGCGGCCUCCAUGCCCACCCUGGAGGACCUCAUGAAGGGAAACAAGGACAUGAGCGUGGGGACCUUCGGGGUGACCGCAGUCACGGGCCACGUUUGACGCUGAGGCGCACCCCCCCCCCCCUUCGCCUGUCCCGUAUCCAGGGACUCACUGCUCAUUCACUGUUCCACCCCCCACACACACACAGGGACAUGUGAACACGUGCACACACACACUCACACAGGCACACACACACACGCACACACAGGGACACCCAGUGAGCAGACUGGUACUUUUGCGGUCUCUCGGUGUGGGGGCGGAGCCAGGGCGUGGACUAGGCCGAGCGCGCCCAGUCUCACUGGGUCGCCUGGGACGGUCAGGCCUGCCCAUCAGCAACAGAGGACAGAGAGGAACUCCUGACAGGACGGCAGGAAGACCUCCCGGGCAUAGACCACACCCCCCAAAAAAAGACAUUGCUCCCAUGUUCUCUUAACCUCUCCUUGUUUAUGUGCCUUUUUGUCCAUUUUAGAGCUUUGUUUUCUGAAGAGCAAUGUUAUAAAGAUACAGACAACAAAAUGGAGGGGGGGGGAGAGAAAAAACAAAAAAGAAAUUUUAACGUGGGUGAAUUUUUCUACGAAACUAGCACAUUGUUGCGUCGGUAGGGGUAUCAGCAGAUAGCAUUCCACCCCAGCGCUGGCUGUGCGGGCAUGCGAGCAGUCAGCCAGAGUUCCAGCCUUUCCGUUUUCGCUGAGGAGUGAAGCUGCUCGUUGGGGGGAGACGAGAGCCGGUCAGAAACAUUUGUAGCAAGACAAGUCACUUUCCCAUCUUCCGUUUCCUUUCCUGUGCUGAACGUGUAACACUAUAACAGUAGUGACAGUUUUUCUUUUCUUUCUUUUUUCUUGUUUUUUUUUUCUUGUUGGGACCAGUGUUGUUAUCUUCUUGUGUGAUAGGCCUGUCUCAUGAAGCAACCACAAUCCAAUGACUGAAGCUGAAUGAAGAAUGAGUCCACGUUUUCACAUCGCGCUGUCCACUUCAGCCUCUGCUAGCAUUUGCUGGUGGUAAGCUCGGCGGCUCUGCGGUUAAUAUCUGAGUAUGUCAGUGCCCAGCUAUACAUUACAAACACAUUUACACAGCUGUUGGGGUGAAAAAAAGGGAUUUUAUGUAGAACUGCAGCCAAGAAUCCAGUUGAGGUUUUUUUUAUUUAAUUUAAUUUACUGUGGACCAAACUAAUGGAAGCGCGUGGGUCAGUGCAUAAGUGUAGGCCAGUCUGCGUGAGCACAUCACAGACCACAAGAAUGACGACGACUCACAGAUCCUGCGGGGGGGCGCUCUGCUAGCAGAUUUAUUUAUGUAUUUAUUUAUUUAAAUGUCUGACAGGUUUCCCUCGCCCGGGCUGCACUGCGAGCGCAGUUCACAGCCCUGCAUGCUGCCGCCCCUUCAGGGUCCCACGGUGUCCUUGAACUACAAUAUUUCUGAAUAAUAAUAAUGAUGACCACAGUGAUGGCACUCUCAACGGUACUCUCAUGCUGUGCGUUCUCAGCACGCUGGCCAGCACGCUUGCUCAGGUGUCCACUUUGUUCUCUUUUUGUUUUUUUUCCUUUUCAUUUAAUUUACAGUGUAGAAAAGACUGGACCCUUAGGCCCCUGCAGAAAGACUUGUGUGUAUAUAUAUAUACUGUAUACCUGUUCUUGGAUGCAUCAUCUUAUUGCCUAAUGAGAUUGAGAUUUUAGAAGAGAUGGUCCAUUUCACGUAUACUGGAACAAUCAUUUUCUUUUAAAUACACGUUAAGCCUCGGAUGUUUCCGUUGGUUGAGGAAGACUGAUGUGGUUCAUACUUUGCCCUGGGAAAGACAGGCUUUUUGAAGGCUUAGUGUGUGUUCUGAGUAGCUCUACAGUUCAUUGGAUUGCCCGUUGUGUGCUCAAGAGGAUGGCGUAUCUGUAACAAAUGUGCAGCACUCCGACUAACCAGUUCUUACUCAUCAGCUUUCACUCGGUACAGUUCUCCUCUUUCCACUGCUUCCACACACUCCAGGUCAUUUCUUGCAUAGCCACCAUGUCCCUCUGUAAAAACAAGCUGCUUUUGUUUAUCCAUUUUUGACUGUUUGUCUUGCUAAAGUUAAGUUAUAAAAAAUAUUCUAGCAUCCUUGUCACGCGGUGUCUUGUGCCUGAUGGUUUUGUGAAAUUUAUCUUGGUCGUCGUUUCAGUUGCAUUCACCCCUCUCUACUUUUAAAAUGGACAGAGGCUGUUUAUCAGCUAUAAAAGUAUACAGAUUCCCCCCAGUUCAAGAGUUAAAGUUUAAAAUAAAAGAAAAAAAAGGGAAAGCUCUGGAUGGAUUUUGAAUGUAACCAUUAUUUUAAGCAAUUUGAUGAAAGGUGUCCUGCACACACAGGGGGGGGUCUCUUCUAAUCAUGAUUCUUUUUGUACCUCCUGAAUGAGUCUGAAAAUGUUUGGUGAAAAAGCUAUGUUUUGUGUGCGUGUGCAUGCGAGAGUGUUGUGAAGUCCUUUUUUUUUUUUUUUGACUCCCGUGUUUGGAAGGAAGGCUCGUCUCCAGUGUGCGUGUUGUAUAACCAGGUGAAUAGAAAUAUUGCUCUUGUUGAAAGGUCUACAAGCUCAGUGUGCACUUCUGUUGAUUCUCUUGCCUUUUGUUUUUUUUCUACACUAUACCUUGUAUGUCAAGUGCUCUUUCCGAGUUUCUCCGUGUGGCAUCCCCAGUAACCUGAGGCAGUGCAAGGGGCCAGGAGGCCAUGGGAACACUACUUGUCUGUGAGGGAGCUGCACAGAACUUUUUGGACAGGAGCAAGUGUAACUACAAAGAUGUAGUGCCAUUAGAAACUGUGAAUUUCUAAAUAAACGUUUUUCUUUCCUGAGA